GUAGGGGCUGGGAUGAGGGGACCCCACUCGUGUCUGUGCUGUGUCCGGGGGCUGUGGCCACAGGGAUAGUCCCAGCCUGGAGCACAUGGGUGGGACCGGGCACCCCGUGGGGUUUAGGGACACUGGAACACCCUGACCCACCCUGACCCUGAAGUGCUCUCUGUGCCUUUUACCCCCGGGCRGAAGGGCUCGCCAUGGCCCUGCCCCGCACGCUGGGGGAGCUGCAGCUGUACCGGGUGCUGCAACGCGCCAACCUGCUGGGCUACUACGAGACCUUCAUCCAGCAAGGGGGAGACGACGUGCAGCAGCUCUGCGAGGCGGGCGAGGAGGAGUUCCUGGAGAUCAUGGCGCUGGUGGGCAUGGCCACCAAGCCCCUCCACGUCCGCCGCCUCCAGAAGGCCCUGCGUGAGUGGGCCUCCAACCCGGGGCUCUUCAGCCAGCCCGUCUCGGCCGUGCCGGUCAGCAGCAUCCCACUCUUCAAGCUCUCUGAGGCCGGYGGGCGCAAGGCGCUCAGUAACGGGCACGCCAGCCCCGGUGAAGCCGCGGGUAAAGGGGGUGGCAGUGCCGGGACACCCCCGGCCCGCAGCCCUACAGAGCCAGGGGAGAAGCUGUCACCGACGGCGGCCCCACCGUGGCCGGGAAGGAGCACCCCCGAGUCGGAGGGCGGCGGGGAUGAGGAACCAGGGGGUCCCCCCUUCUCCCCGGGCGGGAGCGGCGGGGAGCAGGCGGCGGGCACGGAGCUGGAGCCGGAGCUGGCACGGACGGUGGCGGAGAGCGUGGAGCGGCUGCUGCAGAGCUGCCCCCGGGGUGGAGAGGCCGAGCUGCGGGCGCUGAUGAAGCUCAACAAGAAGCUGGCUAAAGCCGUGGGACACAUCUUCCAGCUGGAGGAUGGCGACCGGCAGAAGGAGGAGGAGAUCCGCCGGCACAGCGCGAUUUACGGCCGCGGCGAGGCRCGGCGCCGCGAGGGCAAGCAGCUCACCCUGCACGAGCUCAUCAUCAACGAGGCGGCCGCCCAGUUCUGCCUGCGGGACAACUCGCUGCUGCUGCGGCGCGUUGAGCUCUUCUCACUGUCGCGACAGGUCGCACGGGAGAGCACCUACCUGUCCUCGCUCAAGGUGGCCAGGGCCCAUCCCGAGGACAGCGGCGCCGUCGUGGCCAAGCGGCUCAAGCAGGAGGCAGGAGAGCAGAGCCGCCCGGAGCUCCUGGCACUGCCGGUGGGGCUGGAGCCCCCCGGGGCUGCRUACCGAGCCAGCCUGGAGGAGGACACGGGCAGCCUCUCCGGGGAGAGCCUCGACGGCCACUUGCAGGCGGCGGGGGCCUGUCCCCGGCUGACCCCUCCGCCCGGUGCGGCCCCGGACGUGCCCCUCGGCCUCGCCCCCCACGGGCUCUGGAGCCGCCACAUCCUCCAGCAGACGCUGAUGGACGAGGGGCUGCGCCUGGCCCGGCUGGUGUCACACGAACGUGUGGGGCGGCUCAGCCCCUGCCUGCCGGGGAAGCCCCCGGGACCAGAGUUCGAGGACGGGCUGGCGGAACGGGGUCCUCCGGCCCCUCCCGAGCCCCCUCGGGGCACCAUCAAGGUGGAGCAGGAGACCAGCCGGCAGUGAGGCCCCUGUAGCCCCCCCGCCACCAUUAACGAAGCAAUAACGUGCUGGGGGACGGGUGCUGGCGGCGCUCCGGGCCCGGGGAGCCCGGGGUGGGGCUCAACCACAGCCCCCCCGGUCCCCUCCCGUCCCGCACCGACGCUCUGGUUACCUCAGCCGCGGCGGGAUGCGACUCCCCGCAGCAGCAAUACCCUCAUCCCGCCCGGCUCCGCGCCCCCGCCGCCCCCCAGGGCUGGGGAGCCCUCGAUGGACUGGAGCCCCCCCCUGUACAGCCCCUCCCGCCCCGUGCUGACCGUCCCCCCGCCCCAGGCCCCGUCACCGCGCGGGGACGGACGCGUCGCACCGUGCGCUCCCACGUCAGCGCUGCCGCCCACGCCGGGCACACGGU